AAAGUUACAAUGCUGUUACAGGGAAGGGAUAAAACGCUACGCGGAUACAUCAAUGCUCGUGGAGGUCGUUUUAAAAAAAUCUUCUGACUUGCACUUUGUGCAUAUUUGUGCUUAUUCCAGAGAUUAUACAUUACAGACCUCUGAGGAUCCAGGUAGGACGCUUGAACCAUGCCCAGGAAGAAGAUUGUGCGUCGAAUUGCGGAGAUGGCCCGAAAGAUCCGCGAGUAUCGCGCCCUGAAAGAACGGCCCACUGACUCGCAGAAGUACGCGUUGGACUACGAGACCAUGACACGGCCGUACACCGGCAAGAGACUGCCUAUUCUGGCAUGGGAAUCCGUGCGGAGAGAGAGUCGCCUCUUCUCUUUGCUGGCUGGCAUCCGUCUCUUUGGGGUUGGGCGAAUCGUCACUCGUACUUCCUGGUUGUCUGACCACAAGGAGCCCUGCUACUGGAAGAUCACCAAGGCUAAAGUGGACUACACUGGAGAGAACAUGGACCAUGGGAAAGCAUGGGGAAUACUUACUUUCAAAGGAAAAGAGGAGAGUGAGGUGAAGGAGAUGGACAAGGUGAUGUAUCAUGACUGGCGUGUCGUGCCGAAGCACGAAGAGGAGGAGUUCACGCGCUUCACGCCCGUCCCUGACCGCGACACCGGGCCGAGCCGGGUGCCCUACCCACCGCUGCUGCGCGCCAUGAUUCUGGCUCAGAGACGCAGAGGAGGAGAGACCGUGACCCAAGAGCCCACCAUCGACUUGCACAGGCACGUCGUUCUCAACAAAGAAUACUUCCAGAACAAGGAGAAGCAGAGAGGGGGGCCGGCUUCCUGAAAGAGCGGUUGUGGGGAACGCAGAAAGGGCGUGGCUGAGGCUACCGUCGAUGAACUCGGAGCUCAUUCCAAUCCCUUCUUUUUCUCUUCUUUUUCCUUUUCCUUCCUCCUUUUCUUGCCACUAGCUCCACCUAUCGGGAGGGGCUAGGAAAAGGUGAAAGAAAAAGCAGUAAAGAUGGGGAUAUGGAGAAUGUGAAUUCGGCAGAUGGAAUGCCCUUCAAACAUCCACAUGUUGAUCGUUAAUACGUCAGGCUUUCUGAAAAAAGAAGAAAAAAAAACUUCCACAAAAGGAUGCGCUGAUGUUUUCUUGCUCAAAGAAAAGAUUGGGAGUUCCUAACCUGUACUUCUAGCUCCUAGAAGGAAUAUUUAAGGGGUUGGAAUUGAAGAAGGCGGAGCUCGAUCGGUUUUGGGGUCAGGAGCAAGGAAAGAAAAAUGAGCGAUUGGAAUGAGCCCUCUGUCUGUGCUGCGUCAGUACAGAUCAGCCAACGAGUGAGCAACAACAGACGAAUUUGACGACUUAGAUUGGGCUGGUUUGUGGGAUCAUGUCAAGUGACUCUCCUGUUACCUUGUCAAGUGAAACGACACAAUUUCCAGUUUCCACAUCCAUAACUGUGUGUUGGCUGUACCUUUCUCACACGCUUGGUUUCUGUUGCACUGAAAUAUUUCAAUAAAGUGUAAAAUUAUAUUUAA